UCUGCGCGUUCCAGUGCCGACGACACGUUGGGAGGAAGCAUGGCGGACGACUCUGAGCAGAGCGAAGAGAAAAACACAAUAAUAACUCCUGAGGAGUCCGGUGAUGAAGAUGAUGACACGUUAAUUAACAGCGGAGAAACCCAGGAGGCAGCAAAGACCUUUAAGGACCUGGGUGUUACUGAGGUGCUGUGUGAGGCAUGUGAUCAGCUGGGAUGGAAAAGUCCGACAAAGAUUCAGAUCGAGGCUGUACCUGUGGCCCUGCAAGGCAAGGAUGUCAUUGGCCUGGCAGAGACUGGAUCAGGAAAGACGGGCGCGUUCGCUCUGCCCAUCCUGCAGUCGCUGCUGGCUUCCCCUCAGCGGCUCCACACUCUGGUCCUGACCCCCACCAGAGAGCUGGCAUUUCAGAUCGCUGAGCAGUUUGAGGCUCUGGGCUCCAGCAUCGGCGUCAAAUGCGCUGUGGUCGUUGGCGGGAUCGAUAUGAUGUCCCAGUCCUUGGUUUUAGCCAAAAAGCCCCAUGUCGUUAUAGCCACCCCCGGGAGGCUGAUCGAUCACCUGGAGAACACGAAGGGCUUCACCCUGCGAGCGCUGAAGUUCCUCGUCAUGGAUGAAGCCGACAGAAUCCUCAACAUGGACUUUGAGACUGAGGUGGAUAAAAUCCUGAAGGUGAUUCCCAGAGAAAGACGCACGUUCUUGUUCUCUGCCACCAUGACCAAAAAGGUCCAGAAACUACAGAGGGCAGCUCUGAAAGAUCCUGUGAAGUGUGCAGUUUCAACAAAAUACACCACGGUAGAAAAGCUGCAGCAGUACUACGUCUUCAUACCGUCCAAGUACAAGGACUGUUACCUGGUGUCCAUCGUGAACGAGCUGGCCGGCAACUCCUUCAUCAUUUUCUGCAGCACGUGCAACACCGCCCAGCGGGUGGCGCUGUUGCUGAGGAACCUGGGCAUCACCGCCAUCCCUCUUCACGGACAAAUGAGUCAGAAUAAACGUCUCGGAGCGCUGAACAAGUUCAAGUCCAAGUCUCGGUCGGUGCUGCUGGCCACUGACGUGGCGUCCAGAGGACUGGACAUCCCUCACGUUGACUGCGUCAUCAAUUACGACAUCCCCACUCAUUCUAAGGACUACAUCCACAGAGUCGGCCGGACAGCCAGAGCAGGGCGCUCUGGGAAAUCCAUCACAUUUGUCACCCAGUAUGAUGUGGAGCUUUUCCAGCGAAUUGAGAGCUUAAUCGGGAAGAAACUUCCCGCGUUUCCGACGCAGGAAGAGGAGGUGAUGAUGCUGGUGGAGAGGGUGAGCGAGGCUCAGAGAUUUGCCCGUCUGGAAAUGAAGGAGCAAGGUGAGAAAAGGAGGAGACCCAAAGGAAGAGAUGCUGAUGAUGAUGACACAGAACAAGCGAGCGGAGUGAGGAAAAAAGUCAAAGGAGGACCGGGAGGAGGAGUUGUCCUAGGAGGAGCAGGAGGAGGAGGGGGGAAGAAGAGGGGUGGAGCGGCCUGGAGGGGAAGACGCUGAUGCAUCUACCAUUAAUACCAUGUACAUAACCACAUACCCACAACACACAAUGCCUCCAAAAUUCAGUUUUAAAGUUGAUGCAUAUUUAAUUAUGGAAUAAUGCUGUAUUUGCUCUUUUGUGACACCCCCUCUUCCCCCAUUUGUAAUAAAACUUCACUGUUAAACCUAAA